UGUUUCCUCUGAAAAGUUUCUGCGGUGUUGAGAACGACUGUCCGGUCACUUUAAUGGAGGGUGACGAUACCAUCAACGCUUUAUCAGAGAGAAAAUCAAUGGAGGCCUGUAAGAGUCACAAGGAAGCUGAAAGGAGGCGGAGGCAGCGUAUCAAUGCCCACUUAUCCACUCUUCGCUCACUCCUCCCCAACACCACCAAGACGGAUAAGGCUUCGUUGCUGGCGGAGGUUGUCCAUCACGCGAGGGAGUUAAAGCGGCAGACGGAAGACGUAGGGCGGCGCCACCGAGACGGUUGUAUUAAUGACAGUCAACCGUUCCCCGGGGAAUGCGACGAGGCGGCUUUGAGCUUUUGUGAUGAAGAAGGGAAGUUUUUGAAGGCCACGGUUUGCUGCGAGGAUAGACCGGGUUUGAACCACGAUUUGAGUCGGGCGAUCAGGUCGGUUCAGGCUAAGGUGAUUCGGGCUGAGAUGACGACGGUUGGUGGGCGGACCAAAAGCGUUGUGGCGAUGCAAUGGAGCGGUGACGAGGAGCAGAUUGGACUAUUGAAACGGGCUUUAAAGGAUGUGGUGGAGAAUCGGGUUUCUAGGUUAGCCCAAGAAAAGGGACGUAAACGGGCUCGGAUUUUUGGGUCGGAUUGUGAAACUGGCCAUGGUUUUUGGUAGGCUGAGGCAGUAUUUGGUUUCGUUAGUAAUAAAUUA